AUGACUUUAACAUCAUUAAAAAGCUAGGUAUACUCUUUAAUACAAUUCAAAUUGUCUAAUAUCAUUGCAGGUGAUGGAGCAUACAGCAGUGUAUACAAGGUUAAAAGGCUUGAAGACGAAGAAUUAUAUGCUUUAAAGAAAGUUAAAAUGUAAAACCUGAGUGACAGAGAAAAGGAAAACGCAUUAAACGAGGUCAGAAUCCUAGCAUCGAUUAAUCAUCCAAAUGUUAUUGCCUAUAAAGAGGCAUUCAUCGAUGAGCCCUCUUAUAUUGUCAUGGAAUAUGCUGAUAAUGGAGAUAUGUUUCAGAAAAUCUGCCAGUAUCAAAAGCGUGAAGCAUAUAUCAAGGAGAAAAAGAUCUGGUAUGUAUUUAUACAAGUUGUAUUAGGAUUAAAAUCUUUACAUGAUAUGAAAAUACUUCACAGAGACAUGAAAAGCGCGAAUAUAUUCUUGUACAAGGAUAUGAAAGCUAAGCUUGGAGAUUUAAAUGUUUCAAAGGUUGCCAAAAAGGGAUUAAGCUACACGCAAACUGGAACACCGUAUUAUGCAAGUCCUGAGGUUUGGAAGGACAUGCCUUAUGAUGGGAAAAGUGACAUUUGGUCGUUGGGCUGUGUCUGUUAUGAAAUGUGUGGAUUAUGCCCACCAUUUUAGGCUGAUGAUAUGCAAGGACUCUACAAAAAAGUUAUUAAGGGUAUAUAUCCUAAAAUUCCCACUCAUUUCAGCCAAGAUCUAAAUAAUAUUAUCAAAUACAUGCUUUAAGUUUCACCUCAAUUGAGACCUAACUGUGACUAAAUCAUCAGCCAUCCUGUUGUUGAAAACAAAUUAAAGCGCUAUUUUCCAGAGUAAUACCAAAUAAUUUAGGCAACAUUUCAACAGUCUAGUAUUCCAAAAAAUGAUAGUGUACUUUUGAAAACUAUAAAAAUUAGUAAAAACCUCUUCUCUCUGACUGAAAGGUUGCCACAAGCAAAGUAUAGAAACUACUCUACUCUUGGAAAGAAGUAGAUUUUAUAAUAAUCUCCCAUGACCGUUGAAAAAACAUAAAAGCAAGUGUCAAAUUUUGAUACUAAUAGCCCUACUAUGGAAGAAACAAUGCAAAAUGGAUCAAAUUUAUUGCGAAUCAAUAAAAAUUAGCAAAGUAGAAAAUAAAUUCUAUCAAGAGUAAGAAGUAGAGAUGAAUAAAGGAUUAUGGAUAAUGAUUCACAAUUCGAAAUAUCAUAAAAACAUUUAGAUAAAGAUAUAAACGAGGAUGACUUAUAUAACUAAGAUGCAUUUGAUAAGGACUCUCACAUUAAUUCUAGAUAACCCUUUGAUAUCCCUAGAAAUGACAAUAAUAAUUCAGAAUACUAGUUAAAUGACAAUCAAAGGUCAAGGGAUAACUCAACUCUUAAUAUGAAUGAGCAAAGUUAGGAAAGACUCAGUAAUUCAACUCCUCGUAAAAUUAAAUUGGAAAAUCGACUCAAUCAAGAGUCCCCAGAAAAGAGCAACAGAAUAAGGCCUGGUCAAAAUAAGAUUGAUAUCAUCAUAAAUGAAUCUAAGAUUUCAAAAUAUAGCGGUGGCCUUGAUAGUCCUAAAAUAAAUAAAGAUCUAUAGCCAAUAAUAGAAAUUCAAAUUUCUGAUUGCAAGCAAAAAAUAAAUAUACCUAAAAUUAAGCUCAGCAAGAAAAAAGAAGAUUUAGUAAAUGGUGCUAGUGGAAAUAAUGUUAGUAUAAAAAAAUUCAUUUCAAUAGGAAGUCAGAAUAAAAAUAGUGAGGAAAUGUCAACUAUAAAUUCAGCCUCAAAUCAGGAAGUGUAAGAAGCUAAUUCAAUAAACUAAGCAAAGUAUAUAUAGUUGAUUGAUGCAUAAAAAAUCAACUUAAUAGGCUAGAAAUAAAAUACCUCUAUAUCUGAAAAUACUUUAAGGUCACCUGCUAUAAUAAGAGUUCAACAGAAAAAGUCACCCUCAAUCAUAAAGCAAGAAUAUAUGCAUGUAGUAAAUGCAUAUUCUAAUUCAAGCAAUUAAAAGCAACCAUCUGUUUACUAAAUAUAUAAAAAGAACUUAUAAGACUAAUCAAAUAACAAUAGCUAAACUAUAAAUAAUGACAGUUCUCUAUAAAAAAUACAACUUUCAAAUAGAUCGCUACAGUAAAUAGAAUAGUAAGUCAAUUAUAGUUCCAGAAAUAUUGCUUAGAUUGGAUUAAAUGCGCAGAUAGCACCCAGAACACUAAAUAGAAAUCCAAGCAAAGCAAAAAAUCUAAGUCUCCUCCUUCCUGAAAUUAACACAAGCUCAUUAGCAGGUUAAAGUAAAGGAGAUUAUACAAGUUAAACUAUUUAAGAUAAUAGUACUGCCAGAUCUAAAUCUUAAUUAAGUAAAUAUGGGAAUGCCAUUCAUCAUCAACAGGCUGCAUCGAAUGGCAAUAAUCUUAUCAUUCAGUCUCAAUAGCAUUAGCAUUAACAAUAGUAAAUGAGGCAUUACUAUGAUAUCCUGGACAAACAAAGAAAGAGAAGUUUAGACAAGAUUUAGAAUGAUCUCUAGAGAAUCUAUAAAAGCUCAUUGAAAAAUAAAAUAAGUAUUAAUUCAUAGGAAUUAGUGAGACAUUACAACAAUGCUAGUGUUAUUCAUUAAAACAGUGGAGGAAUGAAUAGAAAUUUGGAUUUAGUUUUAAAUGGCAGCAAUGGAAGUAAAAUUGAUGAGAAAAUUAAACAAAUCAGACCUCAGAUUAAAAUUAUCAAUGCUUAAGGAAGUUAAAUAGCUGGCAGCGGUUUAAAUAUAAACAAUUUGACUAAUAAUAAUACAUCAAGUAGAAAUAACGAAUUAAGUGAAAAUGCGUCAUCUAGAUUUAAAGAAAAGAAAAGACUUAAUAUUCAUUCUCUAGGUGGUGGGACCACAGCCAACUAUUGA